AUGGUUAAUACUAGAAAUAAGAAAACGAGGCAUGAAUACUAUCUUUUGGAAAAAUUUUAUGUUUUGAAUAUCGCUGAAAAACAGUACUUGAUUAGAAAACAAAAGAACAGAAACAACGAGGAAAUUAAGUAUAUAGUUGUUUAUGAAGAAUUUUAUGAAAGGGUAAAUGAUUAUCAUAUUCGAACUGGUCAUGGGGGAAAUGUCAAGAUGCGAAUGGCUGUAGCCAAUAAGUACAAUAUUCCAAGACCCGCGAUUGAAAUUUUUUUAUCAACAUGUGCGAUAUGUAAUUGUAAAAAAAACAUGAACCGUAAAUUAGUCAUUAAACCAAUUAUCAGUAAAAAUUUUAAUGAAAGAGGACAAGUAGAUCUGGUAGAUUUUCAGUCACUUCCUGAUGGGAAAUUCAAAUGGAUACUGAAUUACCAAGAUCAUAGGACUAAAUUCUUAUCUUUACGUCCUCUCGAGUCUAAACGCGCAUCUGAAAGCGAUAACGGUAGGGAAUUUGUUAAUUCUAUUAUCAUUGAACUGAAAGAACUUUGGCCAGAUUGCGUUCACGGUCGACCCAGACACCCGCAGAGCCAGGGAAGUAUCGAGAGAAGCAACCAAGACAUAGAAAAUAUGUUAAGGGCUUGGAUGAAAGAUAACAAAACAAAAAAAUGGUCAAUUGGACUACAAUUUGUUCAAUUUCAAAAAAAUAGUUCUCAUCAUCGUGUGAUUGAAUGUUGUAUGGAACCGGACUCCGUCGAAGCAAUUUUAUGUAAUUUAUGUGAGAACAAUAUAAAAAUUAAGGAAGCACGUCAUCUAGGAGCUAUAGGAAUAGAAAAGCAGGCCGAAAAAAUGUUACAAGAUAGUAAGAUCAAAAUAUCAACAUUUAAAGUUGGAGAUUGUGUUGUAAUCCCGAUUCCAAAGGUGGAUAGAGGUCCUCCAUACCCAGCUAACAUUAUUGGCGUAGUGAUUGACCAAAAAAAUUACCACAUAGGAACUGAACAUGGCAUACUAAAAGGUUGGUAUGGUUCUGGAAUUAUACAACCAGCCACAUCAAAUUUCAUUGACUUAAAAAUAAUAAUUUAA